UAAAACUCGUACAUUUUAUUUCUUUAGCGGAGAAUCGAUUGUAUAUUUUUUCAGUAUCUCAAAUAUUAGAAGUCUGGUGCUCAUCAUGAAUCACUACAGCAUUGUGCUGUUAUUCGUUUGCUUGAGCUUGGGAUUUUUCGUUGAAGGACGUAGAAAAUAUAAGCGAGAGGAUUACGACAGUUUGAAGUCUGCCGAAGAGUUCGACUUCAACGAUGAUAUCGAUGAGCUGGAGCCAUGCCAGUGCGGUGUUUUCAUGUCAAAGCAAGUCGGCUUGAAGGAAGGCAGACGAGGCAGGCCUCGAGGUCCGCCAGAAGGCGAACCUGUUGUCACAUACGACACAGAGGAACCAUGCGGUGCGGGCGGCUUUAAGAGUUGUGUUUCCAAAUGUCUUGAUGUGAUUUUGAAAUACCUGCCCCGAGCUGGUCCCGUCAUCUGUGGAGCUGCAGAAAGGGACAUACAUAGAGAGAAAGCUUUCCUUUUUAUAAAGAGUUGCGGGGGAGAGUGGACACCAACGAGCUUUUCAGCAGGCAAAGAGUUUUGUUGCACUGAUGGUCAACAUCACAAGUGUUAAAAACUUAAAAUGAGGUUGUAACAAAAUCGUGAUCUUAAAUCUUUGACUUGGCUAUCUUUCUGCAAAAAGUUAUAUGCAUCAUGGACAGAGGUCGGUUACUUUUGCU